AUGGCUCCUCCUCCGGCGACAGCGCACAUGGCGACGACGACGCUCAAAGUCGAGGGCAUGACAUGCGGCGCGUGUACCUCCGCGAUUGAAUCGGGCUUCCAGGGCGUGAAGGGAGUAGGAAAUGUGUCAAUAAGUUUGGUGAUGGAGCGGGCUGUCAUCCAGCAUGACCCCGAGGUCAUCACCGCGGAAGAGGUCAGGGAGAUUAUCGACGACAGGGGGUUCGACGCAGAAGUGCUCUCGUCGGAUUUACCAAUGUCGCACAGCGCAGAUGACCACUUUCUGAGCGACUCUGAAGAUGAAGAGGAGGAGACAAACGGAACGGUCUCCACAACAACGCUCUCCGUUGGCGGUAUGACAUGCGGAGCGUGCACAUCCGCCGUGGAAGGCGCUUUCAAGGACGUGGCUGGAAUCAAGUCCUUCAGCAUUUCGCUUCUCUCUGAGCGCGCAGUCAUCGAACACGACCCUACGAUUAUAUCUCCGGAAAAGCUCGCUGAAACCAUAGAAGACGUUGGCUUUGACGCGCAGGUGCUGGAUACCGUGGCCGCGACACCAGCGGCAAAGAAGAGCAGGAACCGGAAGCAGCAAAAGACGAUGACCACAACAGUCGCUGUUGAGGGCAUGACCUGUGGCGCAUGCACAUCAGCCAUCGAGAGCGGGUUCAAGGACGUUGAGGGUGUAUACCAGUUCAACAUCAGCCUACUAGCCAACCGUGCCGUUAUCGUGCACGACCCUUCCAAGCUCACCGAAGAGCAGAUAGCAGAGAUCAUCGAGGACCGCGGGUUUGACGCCCAGGUUCUGUCAUCCGUCGAUGGUAGCAUACAGCAGUCGUCAACAUCCAACGCCCCCGUACAACUAAAGAUCUAUGGACUGCCCAACGCUAGCGCAGGUCAAGAGCUGGAAGGACUGCUACGAAAGAGAUCCGGAAUUACCUCAGCGACUGUCAACUUCAACUCAUCAAGAGCUACCAUUCAACGAGAGCCUCAAAUCGUCGGUCUUCGAGCUAUCGUUGAGGCUGUAGAGGCAGCUGGAUACAAUGCACUAGUCGCUGACUCCGAAGACAACGAUGCCCAACUGGAGUCCCUCGCAAAGACUAAAGAAAUCCAGGAGUGGAGAAGAUCUGUCAUCUUCUCGGCUUGGUUCGCACUUCCUGUGAUGUUGAUAAGCAUGUUCAUUCCCAUGUUCCUGCCAUUCCUCAACUUUGGCGGUAUUCGUCUGAUACCUGGCCUCUAUCUCGGCGAUGUCAUCUGCUUGGUCCUUACUAUACCUGUCCAAUUCGGUAUCGGAAAACGUUUCUACAUCUCUGCGUACAAGUCCCUGAGCCACGGCUCUCCCACCAUGGAUGUUCUGGUAGUACUGGGUACCUCAGCCGCCUUCUUUUUCAGCGUCUUCUCCAUGUUGGUCUCACUCUUGGUCUCCCCACACACCAAGCCGACCACACUGUUCGAAACCAGCACCAUGCUGUUCACUUUCAUCAGCUUAGGUCGCUAUCUUGAGAACCGUGCGAAGGGUCAAACGUCCAAGGCCCUUUCCAGCCUCAUGUCGCUAGCUCCGUCCAUGACCACCAUUUAUGCGGAUCCCAUCGCUGCGGCUAAAGCUGCUGAAGGUUGGGAUGUUGCUGAAGAGAAAUCGGAACGCACCUCCACUGACGGCAAUGCUGCUGAAGAAAGGGUCAUCCCCACCGAGCUCAUCGAGGUUGGCGACGUUGUUAUUCUUCGUCCGGGUGACAAGCUUCCAGCUGAUGGUACAGUCACACGUGGAGAGUCGUAUCUCAACGAGAGUAUGGUCACUGGUGAAGCUAUGCCAAUACUCAAGAAGAAAGGCGCAUUGGUCAUGGCUGGUACUGUCAAUGGAAACGGACGUCUGGAGUUCAUGGUCACUCGAGCCGGCCGCGACACCCAGCUCAGUCAAAUCGUCCGCCUCGUCCAGGAAGCCCAAACGAGUCGUGCCCCCAUUCAACGCCUUGCCGACAUUGCUGCUGGUUAUUUCGUUCCAAUCAUCAUCACUCUCGGCCUCGCAACCUUUGUCGGAUGGAUGGUUCUCAGCCACGUCCUACCUUACCCACCCAAAGUAUUCCUUGAUCACGCUAGUGGCGGCAAGUUCAUGGUUUGCUUCAAGCUCUGCAUCGCUGUCAUUGUCUUUGCUUGCCCAUGCGCGCUCGGUCUUGCAACACCCACCGCUGUCAUGGUCGGUACUGGUGUUGGAGCUGAGAAUGGCAUUCUCGUCAAAGGUGGUGCCGCUCUUGAGACUGCCACAAAGAUCAACCAUGUUGUCUUCGACAAGACUGGCACGCUCACUGUUGGCAAGAUGAGUGUAUCUCAGGCAGAUAUUCAGGGAGGCUGGGCAAGCCCUGAUAAGAAAAACCUUUGGUGGACUCUCAUUGGACUUGCGGAAAUGGGCUCAGAGCAUCCUAUUGCUAAGGCUAUCGUUCUCUCGGCCAAGGAACAUCUCCGCCUCGGACCCGAUGGUAGCCUAGAUGGCUCAGUCGGAGACUUUGAAGCUGUCACCGGUAAGGGUAUCAUCGCAACGGUUGAAGCAGCCCUCUCUCCUGAGCGUACUCGCUACAAGGUCCUCAUCGGUAACAUGGCUUUCCUCACAUCAGAAGGUGUCAAUGUGCCCGACUUCACAGAAGAGCCGCUCACACCUGCUGCAAACUCCAGACCUCGAGGUGGAUCCCAGAACCGAUCUGCUGGCAUCACCACGAUCCAUACCGCCAUCGGCAACACCUACACCGGUACAUUGAGCAUGUCCGACACCAUCAAGCCCUCAGCUCGCGCUGCAAUUCUUGCCCUUUCUCGCCUGGGCAUAACAUCCUCGAUUGUUACUGGUGAUACCUCUGCUUCUGCCCUUGUCGUUGCAGCAGCAGUUGGUAUUGAUCCCGCAGAUGUCCACGCUUCCUCCACCCCUGCCGACAAGAAAGCUAUCAUUGAAGACCUCCAGUCGCGCGGCCAAGUCAUCGGUAUGGUCGGUGACGGCAUCAACGACUCCCCAGCGCUCGCCUCGGCUGACAUUGGCAUUGCUCUUUCUACUGGUACAGACGUCGCCAUGGAGGCUGCCUCUAUCGUCCUCAUGACCAACACGGACCUCCUCUCCAUCCCGGCCUCACUAGUCCUCAGCCGUGCCAUCUUCUUCCGCAUCAAGCUGAACCUGGCAUGGGCGUGCAUGUACAACUUCAUUGGUCUUCCUUUCGCAAUGGGUUUCUUCCUACCAUGGGGUCUCUCACUACAUCCCAUGGCUGCCGGUGCCGCGAUGGCAUGCUCAUCUGUCAGCGUUGUUGCUAGCUCUCUGCAUCUCAAGUUCUGGCAUAGACCUAGCUGGAUGAAGGUCAGCGUCCUCGAUCCUGGUGCGCCGAUCGAUGAGAAGGAAGCGGAGAUGGAGAAGAUGGGCCACAAGGGCGUCUUUUCUACUCUCAAGGAAUGGGUCAGUGAUGCGUGGGCCGCGAGGAGGCGGAACAAGGAGGAGACAAGCUAUAUGCCUCUGAGGGAUAUGGAGCAGCAGUAA